AUGACCGACUCGAUGAACCUCAUUUCGGCGCAGAUAUCAUUCCUGGAACCGCACCUCGCUCUGAUCCAUAUUCCCAUCGAGCUGUACGCACUUUGUUUACAGCCGAUCUUACGCCUUUUGUUCGGCGAAGAUCACGAUGAAGACGCCGCGAAAAUCUCGUGGACGAAUCGACACGAUUUCCUCAACAUUUCCAUCACUCCUGUCGAGUGUUCCAUCAUCUGCUCGAGAUAUCUUGCGGAUCGCUACGUGCGGCCCCACGCUGAUCUCUUGAACAAUCUGUACGCGAGCAGAAAGGGCACAAGCCAGCCGGAAAUCCAAAUCAGCGUCGAAGACUAUAUCGUUAUCCAAGUAGACGGUCAAGGGCUCGACGCUGGUCAAAGAGUAUUAGAGCUCACUUCACCGCUUGCAAUGGCUGGAAUAAGCAUUUUCUUCAUCACGACCUAUUUUUCCGAUUACAUUCUCGUUCCACUUCGAUCACAAAGGACCGUCACCAAAGCUCUGCAACAACGGGGCUUCGUCUUCUCCAAGACUGUCGAUGCAUUUGUGUCGCAGCUUUCGCCAUCGUCACCAACCUUACCACAUAGACCCGCCACGUCUUCGACUUUCUACGAGAGCUCGGUUCCCACGACACCGCCGGCCAAGGACAUCCCUGAACUUCAGAUCCGGACUUUCACCAAGUUGAAGCGGAACAACGUGAGUCCAGCGGUGGACGGCCAUAUCCUGCUAGCAAACUGUGCCGGAAGUCGGGAGUACAAUCAAGCAUCUGAGGAACGAUUAAAGAACGAUCUUCUUCAAGUCUUGCUCGCAACGGCGGCACCAGGGAGCGGCGCAGCAGCGAAGUCAGUCGUCGGCCUCGGGUUGCCUCCAUCACCGUCACCGGAACUGAAUUAUGCCGCAAAGUUUUUGUCACUUACCAUCACCUCAGGCGAGCCGAUAUCCGUGCUUCUCGAGCAUCGACUAAUGGACCGUCUGGGCGGUUCUUUGUUGGGUGCGAAGUCGGAAGACGAUGCGCUGCUCCCUAUAACGCUUGACCUGCGCGAGCUGCCUCUCGAGGCUACCGGCAUUGUUUGUGGGGUGGCAGGCCGGCUGGCACAAGGCGAUACGGAUCCUACAGAGCUGAGCUUGGGUCCCGUGUCCACAGGCGCGGGAGAUCCGAUCGAGAUUUCAUUCUUGAGCACGGCGAGGGCUGGCACGGUCAUUGUGAGAGCGAAUCAGCUGGAGAAGGCGCUUGGGGCAUUGGAAUACGGAAUGAAGCGAGCCGGUGACGCAGAGCCGUGA